AUGAUGAUAUCGGGAAAUGAGUUUGCUCACAUUCAAAUGCUACCUUAUCUAUCAGUUACCAAUGAUUAUUUAAAAAAUUCACCAGAAUUUCGAUUAAUUGAUGGUCCAUCGGUUCGUAAAGGAAGACUACAAGUGAAAUUUCGGGAUCGAUGGCGAUCAGUUUGCACCAAAGUUACAAAGUAA